GCCAUUAUUACGACUGAAGGCAAAACCACGCUGCGAUCAACUCCGGUGCGGAGAGGGGAGACGAGAGGAGCGUCAAUGGCGGGCUUCGGGCUGUCCACUCGCCUCCUCGCUGUCUUUCUCCUCCCUUUCUUGGUUAUCUUCCUCGCCCCGUCGGCUGAGGAAGAGAACUCGGUUCUCAGAGAUGUUGGCCUGGACAAUCCAAUUGUGCAGUUUGCUCCAUCAUCACUUGUUGGAAGUUCAUGUGAGCGUAUCCAUGUUACAAGCUUAUCAAGGUUGAAUCUUGGAAGUUAUGCUAGUUCUUUGCAUGUUAGCCUUAUGGUUUCAGAAGCUAUUCCUGAGAAACUUCAUGGAAAAAUUGAGGUCUGCUUUCACCGGAAUGCUUCUAUUGGACUCUGUGAAUGCAAGAAGGAUGGGUGGCAGGCUCUUACAAAUGGGAAGUGGAGCACUGUGAUGUCACCUUAUGAGACAAGGUUUAUUGAUGUCAAGUUCAAGGAUAAAAUAUAUGGCACUUUAACAGUUGCUGUUGAAGAAGAGUUUCAAAACUGGCGUUUAGUUUGCCUUGGCUUUGGCUUCUUUCUGCUUAUCAUUGCACCUAUUGUCAGUCAUUGGGUGCCAUUUUAUUAUAGCACUUCAAUGGCUCUGGGGAUUCUACUUGUUGUUUUGAUAAUUUUAUUUCAGGGAAUGAAGUUACUACCAAUGGGCAGGAAAAAUGUCUUUUACUUAACAGUAUAUGGCUCUGUGCUUGGAGUUGGUUCUUUUAUUGCACACUACUUUUCCACUAUUGUGAACUCAAUUCUUGUCAGUUUUGGUCUGAAUGAAGAGAUGCAUAACCCUGUUUCAGUAUUUCUGCUAGUAGGAAUAAUUCUAGCAGGAGCAUCUCUAGGAUAUUGGAUUGUGCGAAAAUUCAUUCUUUCUGGUGAUGGUAAUGUGGAUGCUGGUAUUGCUCAGUUUGUGAGGUGGGCACUGCGUGUUGUUGCUGUUGCAUCUAUUUUUCAGAGCACGCUUGACCCCCUUUUAGCACUUGCUGCAUCAGCCUUGUGUUUUGGCAGUUGUUUUGCCAUUAGCUCCAUUAAGUGGAGGCACCCAUUGGCAAGAAAACAACUGCCACAUCAAAAGGAUAAAAAUCUGUGGCAACAGAGGGCUAGGCAUGCAUCUGCAGGUUUUAGACAGGCUCAAUUCUUCAGUCGAUCUGCUGAGAGAGGUACAGAAAAACUUGGUUUGAGGAACCUGAGCACUCCUGGUACAGAAAGGACUGGUUCAAGGAACCUGACUAAUCCCUUUUUGAAAUCUAACUCACCCACCCAAGGGCAGAUAUACUCAUCCCCUGCGAAGAUAUCACAGCAUCAAGAUUACUAUUCUACUUUCCACAAAAUGCCGAGGCGCAGAUUCUCAAAGAGAGAGUGGGAGGACUUCACUAGUGAGUCGACCAAGGAAGCUCUUUCAGAAUGGGCCGCCUCUCCGGAGGUAUCCAAAUGGUUCGCUGAAAAUGCCCACCGUAUGAGGCUUGAUCCUGACAACAACUCUGAUGAUGACAGCAUGGCAAGUUCCUCAGGCUCCUCUGAGGAAACUGCAGUGGAGGAUGGUACUGGGUAUAACAUCUGGAAGUGGUACCAAGAAUCAAGAUUAAAAACGAGAGCUCUCCCGCGGGCGGCUGGGGGCCCUUCUCAGCCCUUUUAUUGGCCCUUCUCUCAAUUCCAUUCUUUUUCAAUCUCUUCUCUUGAUCUUCUUGCCCACAGAGUAGAGAUUAUAUCAAGGUCAAACCUACCUCUCUCUCUCUCUCUCUUUCUCUCAUUGCUUCAAUUCAGGUUUUUGAUGGGAUUUGAGGAGGGGAACAGCAGUGGCGGAAGGGGGGGAUGGGUUGGUAUUCAGAGCCUUUUGAGGAGGAAAGAGGUUGAUUCUGAUAGGACAAAGGCUGGUUCUGGCCAUCAGCAGCUCGCCAAGGACCUCUCUGUCUCUCGGCUCAUCGCCAUCGGUGUUGGAUCUACCAUUGGUGCUGGAGUCUAUGUUCUAGUUGGAACUGUUGCUAGGGAGCAUUCGGGACCAGCUUUGACUGUUUCCUUUCUAAUAGCAGGAAUAGCGGCUGCUCUUUCAGCAUUUUGCUAUGCAGAACUAGCAAGUCGAUGCCCUUCUGCUGGAAGUGCUUAUCAUUAUUCAUACAUAUGUGUUGGAGAAGGUGUUGCUUGGUUAAUUGGUUGGGCUCUGAUUCUAGAAUAUACAAUUGGGGGAUCAGCUGUGGCACGGGGCAUAUCACCAAACGUGGCCUUGUUUUUUGGAAGUCCAGAUAGUUUACCUUCUUUUCUAGCACGUGCUUAUAUACCAUGGCUUGGUAUUGUUGUUGAUCCAUGUGCUGCCAUUCUGGUUUUGAUCGUUACUGGACUGCUUUGCUUUGGGAUUAAAGAGAGUUCAUUUGUACAAGCCAUCAUCACUACUGCGAAUGUCCUUGUUAUGUUAUUUGUGAUCAUAGCAGGUGGAUACAUUGGUUUUCAGACUGGAUGGGUUGGAUAUUCUGUUUCCAGCGGAUACUUUCCAUUUGGAGUAAAUGGAAUGCUUGCUGGAUCAGCAACUGUUUUCUUUUCAUACAUUGGCUUUGAUUCAGUUGCUAGCACUGCUGAGGAGGUUAAGAAUCCUCAGCGAGAUUUACCACUGGGUAUUGGAAUUGCACUGACCAUUUGCUGCGUUUUGUAUAUGAUGGUGUCUAUUGUCAUUGUUGGCCUGGUGCCAUAUUUUGCAAUGGACCCGGACACCCCAAUUUCAUCUGCGUUUGCUAGAAAUGGUGUGGAUUGGGCAGUGUAUGUCGUGACAACUGGUGCUGUUCUUGCCCUUUGCUCAACAUUGUUGGGGUCAUUGCUUCCUCAGCCUAGGAUAUUGAUGGCUAUGGCUAGAGAUGGAUUGUUACCACCUUUCUUCUCAGAUCUUAACAAGCGCACUCAAGUUCCUGUCAAGAGCACCAUUCUGACUGGAAUAUGUGCUGCAGUCCUAGCAUUUAUUAUGGAUGUUUCACAGUUGGCAGGGAUGGUCAGUGUGGGUACACUUCUUGCAUUCACCACGGUUGCAAUUUCUAUUUUGAUACUCAGAUAUGUUCCUCCAGAUGAGGUCCCUUUGACAUCAUCAAUUCAAGAAUCAAUCUACCCAGAAGCUUGUUCAAAAGAUAGCAGUUCAAUUAUGAAUGAUGGCGAAAUAUCGGCUGUGAAGCCUCUUAUAAACAAGGAAAUAAAUCAAGAGAAAUUGAAUGAGCAAAUUAGACGAAAAAGAGCAGCUUUGAGCAUAGCAUCGGUCUGUAUAGGAGUCCUCAGCCUCACUUCUUCUGCUUCUGCAGCAUUUUUGCCAAACAUUCCUCGGUGCAUUGCAUGCAUAGUUGGUGCAUUACUCCUUUUGGGUGGCCUAGGUAUGCUAUCUUGGCUAGAUCAAGAUCAUGGUCGACAUAGUUUCGGACAUGCUGGAGGGUUCAUCUGCCCUUUUGUCCCUGUCUUGCCCGUUUGUUGCAUCCUUAUAAACACCUACUUGCUAAUAAAUCUUGGUGCCGGGACAUGGGCUCGUGUUUCAGUGUGGCUGGUUGUUGGGGUCUUUGUGUACUUGUUCUACGGGAGGACGCACAGUGCGUUAACUAAUGCGGUCUAUGUGUCCACAGCCCACGCUGAUGAGAUGUAUAAAAGUUCCAACUCUGUUGCUUAGCUAGGCAACAACAACAACAACAACAACAAUCCCACCAAAAGAGAGGGAAAGAGAAAGAGUGAAAGCCUUGUAUAUUUGUUUUCAUCUUGUCGAAAUCAUUAGCCAAAUCAUGCUGUGAAUAUAGAUGAUCACUGGCCUCGCAUAUACAUAUGUAAUUUGCUUUUCCUUUUUGUGUGUAUAUGAUGUAACAACUUCAGACAGGAUGAAUUAAUUAUGAACAAAUACAUACACUUUAGCAUUGUUUUGUAA